CCCUGUGCUAUUCCCACCAAGUCCUGGGUACGACAGCUGGAGAUUCGCUUCCGUGAUAGUCAAACCAGCUGCCAGGGGAAAAAAUGCCGAAAAUUCGUUAAAAGUUCUCCGCAAUUGGAGCUCUAGUCGUACAAACUGAGUGCACAACAGCUAGACAGUCCCACAUUGUACUCCGGGCGACAUUUAAACCGGUUUUCCUGACAUUUGUGCACAAAAAUGAGCGCCCCUCUCGCGCCGGAAAGAUUCGACUCCGGUGUCAUCAAUGGGCUGACACCGAAGGAGCAAGCACUGUUGAUGAGCAUAAGACAAAAAAAAUCCAAUCUUCUACAAGAAAUACAGCAACUCAAGGCAGAGAUCUCAGAGGUGACUAGUGAGUUGGAAUCCCUUGAUCAUCAAGAUGUUACCGGUUCCAGAGAAGAUCCAAAAAUGAAACAGAAACAAAUUGGAAAAAAGAAGUUCAGCAUGGACCCACAAAAGGGGAUUGACUAUCUCGUCAUGCAUGGAUUGCUGAACAACACACCUGAGGACCUCGCUGACUUUCUGUUAAAAGAAGAGGGGCUCAACAAAACCCAAAUUGGAAACUACCUCGGCGAGAACAAGGAGUUUAACCUGGAUGUGUUUGCUAAGUUUGUGGACCUCCAUAAAUUCAAGGACAUGAUUCUCGUUCAGGCUCUCAGACAAUUCCUCUGGAGUUUCAGACUCCCUGGCGAAGCACAGAAGAUUGAUAGAAUGAUGGAGGCAUUUGCCCAGAAGUACUGUGCUGAUAAUCCUGGCCUGUUUACAUCCACGGACACAUGCUAUGUUCUCAGCUUUGCCAUUAUCCUACUAAACACCAGUCUACAUAACCCUAAUGUAAAAGAUAAGCCAACAGUAGAGAAAUUUAUUCAAAUGAAUCGUGGAAUCAACUGUGGAGAGGAUCUGGAUAGAGACUUUCUUGUGGCUCUUUAUGACAGUAUUAAGAGUGAAGAGUUCAAGAUUCCUGAAGAUGACGGGAGUGAUAUCACACACACAUUCUUCAACCCAGACCGUGAAGGGCAACUCAUCAAAGAAGGUGGCUUGCACAAGAGCUGGAGAAAGCGUUACUUUAUUCUCAAAGACAACUGUCUGUACUACUUCAAGAAUGCUGGGGAUCGUGAGCCUAGAGGUAUCAUUCUCCUGAUUAAUCUGUUUAGGAUCGUGAGCCUAGAGGUAUCAUUCCGCUGGAGAAUUUACAAGUUAGAGAAGCUAAUGAUGCCAAGCGAAAGUACUGUUUUGAGAUUUACUCGAGUGAAAACUCGACUGGUCUCAUCAAGGCGUGCAAGACAGACUCGGAAGGGAAAGUGGUUGAAGGACAUCAUGAUGUUUAUCGUAUCUGUGCAUCAUCUGAAGAGGAGCGGCAAACAUGGAUUCAAUGCAUUAAGGCAAGCAUGAUAUUCGACCCUUUCUAUGACAUGCUACAGACGAGAAAAAAGAAAGUCACACAAGCAAUGUACACCUAGCAAGUUCUGUAAUAUAGGUCUGCACAUCUGGUGGGGCCCCUGUGGUUUCCUGCAUGGGCUAGUAGACGGAAGCCAGAUAUGGGUUACCUGUGUCGUAACCCUGCAGAUAGCUGUGUCUUAGAGUGGGUUUCCUGUGGGCUAUUGUAUGGAAGAUGUAUGUUCUAAACGGGAGAGAAGAGAAAGGGUAUCUUCCUGACAACAACUGUUGCUAUACAUCACUUUUCAGAAAACAUGUACAUUCACCUCUACCCAUCACCAAGUGGUCUCUAACUACUCAUGGCUUAGCUAAUAUCGCUGUAUGAGUUUUAGACUUAAAUCACAGAACACACAAUUGAUUUUUGAAUAUUUUGAUAGAAUACAAAGACUAGGUUAUAAAUUAAAAUUUAGACAGACCAUCUAGGUGAAUUCUACUCUCUAUUCUCUCUUGGCAGUCACCUCAACAGUUUUUGUUUACCAUUCAUCAACCAUCACAACAAUCCCACCUUCUAUUAAUUUAAUAGACACUAUACAUGUACUUGCUACUACGACAGCUAAAGACAUUAGGAAUCUAUGUUUUUAUUUUUUAGAGAAUAUUUGUAAUAUAAAAUAAGUAUAAGGAUAAUAAAAAGAAUUUGAAAACUAAA